UUUUCAGUCUAAUGACUCGUGAUGUUUCAUCCAACAAAAGAAAAAAAAUGUGUAAAAGAACUUCAACUUAUUUUGUUCGUUUUUAUCUAGAACUAACUUUUGAAUAUUUAAUUUGGUUUGGCUAAGUGUUUUGUUAAACGUAUGAUGCAACUCAAGGUUCAAAAUGAUAAAAUUGACUAUACAGGAGUUGUUUAGACCCAGGAAGAAGCAGUUUGUAUCCAGGCCAAACACUGACUGAGUAAUUAAGUAGUGAAUUGAUCAACAGAAAAAAACAUCUCCCUGUUCCUGUCGAGCACCGCUGCCCUUCACGGUGUGUUUCAGAGUGUAUGUGAUAUGUCUGCACAGUAACAGUUGUCCCCUUAUCAGCUUGCAGUCUUGCCGCAUAUCAUCAUCAUCAUUGUUGGGUCUUCUGGUAAUACCUUGUUUACUGUUAGUCUGCGUAUGUUCGGAGCAACAUUGGCCAACAGAUCAACGGACAAUAACUCAAAAAAGUCGGAGGAUUAAGGGGGGGGGGGCUUUAGAGACAGUGCACGUUACUGGGGAGUCGGUGAGCUGACGUCAGGGCGGGAGAUGAUUCAAAAAAAAGUUUAAAAUAGUGAGGUAGGGAUUAGAGAGGCUCAUGGAGUGGGUUGGUUGGUUGGAGGGGGGGCAUCAACUGGGAUGAUGCUCCUCCAUUCGUACCCUCCUCCCACGGGGGCGCGUGGGAUGUCAACAAGGUUCCAGCACCAGCUGACGAGCUCGCUCUACAUCCCAGCAUUAACAUUAGCAUCUCUUCCAGGGCCUCCAGCCCCCCCUUUACCCCUUCACACCCAGCCGUCCAGCUUAUAGACGUCAGGCCAUUGGGGAUUGCCUUUUUAGGAGACACCUAAUCACAGCCGAACUCACCGCCGCCCAACACAAAGAAGCAGCGGCCAGAGAGCGUGAUGCUUUUGUGUCCACCCUUAGAGAUGAGAAACAAGCAGAGAGAGCUCUGAGGGCCGAGAGGAGAUAGAGCCAUUAUGUAAAAGAGGCAAAAGGUGGGAGAUGAAGAAGUUUUUAGAAUUCUUCAGUUUUAUGGAGUUUUGCAUUUAGCAUUUGUUCCAGGAGUCAUCUAAACCCCAGGAGAGGUGUGAAGACAUCCUUCAACAGAGGAUCUGGGUGGUUUUGGGGGUUAUCUGGGUGAGCCAACGUGAUCGAGCAUUUCAUGGAGAAAUUCAAGGCGGCCAUGGUUCUGGGUGCCGUGGGGGACGCCUUGGGCUACAGAAAGGGCCGAUGGGAAAGCUGCAUCUCCGGCAAGAAGAUCCAGGAGGAACUGGCCUCUCUGGGGGGCCUGGGGGCCCUCAAACUGGACCCCGACAACUGGCCCCUGAGUGACACAACGCUGAUGCACAUGACGACGGCAGAAGCACUUAUAACAGAUUAUUGGUGUCUAGAGGACCUAUACCGGGAGCUGGUGCGUCUCUAUGUGGAAGCCAUGGUGUCUCUCCAGGGCAGAGCCCCUGAUCCUGCCACAGUGGAGGGGUGCGUUCACCUCAACCCGCGCAACUUCCUGCUCGCCUGGCACACACCCUUUAAUGAAAAAGGGUCCGGGUUCGGGGCAGCUGCCAAGGCUAUGUGUGUGGGUAUGAGAUACUGGCAGCCUGAGAGAAUAGACAACCUGGUGGAGGUCAGCAUUGAGAUUGGCAGAAUGACGCACAACCACCCCACAGGCUUCCUUGGCUCCCUGACAACGGCACUGUUUGCAUCCUAUGCGCUCCAGGGGAAAUCUCCUGUGACCUGGGGCCGGGAGCUCAUGAAGGUCAUUCCUCGGGCUGAGGAGUACUGCAGGAAGACCAUACGACACAUGGCUGAGUAUCAGGAAAACUGGUUCUAUUUUGAGGCCAAGUGGCAGUUUUACCUUGAAGAGCGAGAGAUAGAAAAGGAAGGACAGAACAAACCUCUGUUCGCUGAUCGCUACGACGCUGAGGAGACAGACAAGGUAUAUAAACGCUGGAGCUCAGAGGGCCGUGCAGGUCGCAGAGGUCACGACUCCCCCAUGAUCGCCUACGAUGCCCUUCUGGCUGCGGGGAGCGACUGGUCUGAGCUGUGUAAACGAGCCAUGUUCCACGGAGGUGAGAGUGAAGCCACAGGCCUGAUCGCAGGGUGUCUUUAUGGCCUCCUGCACGGCCUGAGCCAGGUUCCCCCAGGCCUUUACCAGGAUCUGGACAAAAGAGAGCGCCUGGAGGAGCUGGGGGAGUCGCUGUACAAGGCAGCCUCUGCAGAGAAAUGCAUAGACAAGUAAUCCUGAUCUUCACUGGCCUGAACCCUACUGGCUAUCAGCGGAAACUGCACAUGACUCUAAAACUGCUUCCCUCUGUCCCACACUACCCUCUAGCCCUCCACGGCAGUAUCUCAAUAGUCUUGAAUGAGAUCCUGUCCUCUGCUCACCCAUCUUGCCCUAUUCUCCUUGAUUUCUGCUGUCCACCAUCCACAGAUCUGACAUGAAUACUUUCUUCUAGAUAAUCUUUCUGUUUCUCCAUCUGGAGUCAAUUAAUGGGCGGGGAUAUACACAGUGUGACUUCAAGUCCAACUGAAAGACUUGUACACAAGGCCUGAAGAUCAAUUCCUUCUCUGACAUUUUCCUUCUCUGAAGCUAUCAUCAAGCACAGAGUUGUAUCAUGGGAGUAAUUCAAAACAAUCUAGAUCAAGUCUUUGUGAAAACAUCGUCCACCAUGGGUUUUGACAAUUGAUUUCAAGGUCUCAGCAGUUGGCUCAGCAUACCUAAUUUCCUGCUUUUAUCUAAAAAUAUUAACUGAAACUAAGGCGCCUUAUCAAUUAAUGUUUUCAAUCUAGAUCCAACAUAUCUAUCUUUAGCGUACUGGUGCAUGUACUGUAAAUGUGGUUGAAAUAAUGAAAUGAUUUUAACUAUUAUGCGUACCAGUAUUGAGUUGUGGAAUAGUAGUUAUGUUUUCUUAUACUAUUUCAUACUGUUUGCACUGUGAUGCUCUGAUCUGGUACAGUGUACUAUAUUGUGAAAGCACCAUUACAUGGUGACUAUUAAUAUGACAUGACGAUUAAAAUGGACUCGGAUAUAUAUCA